AUGUCUGCACAGGAAGCUGGACGUAACGGAGAGGAGCAGGCUAGCCUGCUCAGCUUUCGCGCAUCCCCAGACACAGUCACGAACCUGAUCAAACGUAUUCGCUCCCUAACGCUGAGAUUACUGCCAGUGGAAGUUCCAUUGGACACUAUCGCGGAUCCCACUAGCAGGGUGAUCACUCCUCAAGUAAUAGAUGCCUACAUUGCUGCCGCAGGCGACUUCCUUGAAGUGUUACCGUAUGCCUUAUUGCGGGCGCGGAAAGAGUUCAUGUGGGAUGCCAACAAUAACCCCGCAGACUUUGGCGAGAACUCGGGAAGAGCUGUUGCAUGUGAAGUACUCGCGCGUCGUGUGAUACACCAAGCUCCGUCAGAGAAAGUAGUGCCUAUGAUGGCACGGCGGUUCCGGUACACAGAGGUUGAUGGCGGAAUGAGCGACAAGGCUAGCGCUCUUGAAUUGGCUAUUGACUCGCAUUGUACUAUCUUUCUCUCGUCGACUGAGGCCCAAGACGUGGUGAACUACCUGUGGCGUGGUCAACUCAUUCAGAGACACCAGGCGGACCAUGAGAUCGACUUAAUUUCUGGGGUCAUCUUGACCCAAGUCGGCUAUCCGUUCCUCGAUAUCAGAACAUUUUUCGCAUAUCCGUGUGGCUCUUAUUCCUUUUCGCUUACUCACAAGCAGGCAUGCCUAAUCACUCGUGUACGAGAGCCGCUUGACAAGCUGAACCCGGAUCACGCGGGAUUGGACGGUUGGGAAGUCUUGAUGUACGUCCUAGCUCUGGCAUUCUCUUUCGAAAGUGAGCAAAUAUGUCAUCUCUACAAACUAUUUCUAUUCGUCUCUUGGCGUUCUCUUGGCUUUUGGGAUGUGAUCUCUUUCCUGACAGACUCGUUGCUCCUUGUCGCGUUCGUGCUUCGCGUUGUCGGCGUGUCUUCGCCUGAGCCAAGAAGCGUCACGAUACGAAUUCUGAGUUUUCAAUGUCUGAGCUUCGUGGCGCCAUUGAUAUGCCCCCAAUAUAACACUCGUAUACCAGAGAUCAUACCGAUUUUCGACGGCUUCAAAUAUGUCGGCACAAUGCAAAUAUGUGUCGCGCGUAUGCUGAAAGAGUCUGGAAUUUUCUUCGGUCUACUUGCCCUGCUUGGUAUCGGCUUCAUGCAAGGCCUAUAUGCGCUGGAUGCGGCGGACGGACAGGCUGAGCACCUUCAUGAAGUGGUUCACGUGCUCAUACAGGCACUACUGCAAUCUCCAGAUUACAACAUGUUCGCUGCGAGCUGGAACGUUGCGACAGCUUUGAUCCUCCUCAACGUGCUCAUCUCGCUCUUCUCAUCCGCCUAUAACGACGUUGUAGAAGAUGCUGCAGCUGAGUACCUUACGUACUUCGCCGGAAAAGUCGGCGGGAUGAUCAGGGCGCCCGAUGAAUACGUCUACCCGGCGCCCUUCAAUAUCGUGGAGAUCCUGCUAUCCGUUCCGCUUCUAAGGAAUACUUUGACUGACACGGUUGAACAGAUCAACCGCUACGUCAUGCUCGUGACCUUCUUUGUCCCGCUCUCCAUCAUUGCAUUGUACGAGGCUGACCUCGAGCCAUCCAAGAACAAGUGGAUCAAGGACUGGCUGAGUAAUCCAGAUGAAGGGGGCGAGGACGCACCAGAAUUCGAGAACCCGGAUGUGCAUGAAGACGAUGCUGCGCGAGGCCUCAAAAUUAGCAAGGUCGCGUUCGAGGACCUUGUCAAGGCGUUCCCGGAUACCACACAUUCAAGCGAGGCUGUAGUGCUGCGAGAAGUCAGACAAUUGAAGGAACAGAUUGAGGAGCUGAAACAAUUGCUCCGCAACGGCGCGAAAAUUUGA